CUCAGUUUCAGGCGACAGUUCUCAAGUAAACACGUUACCUCGACGUUGGCACAGAAUUUCGCAUAAACAGAGGAACUAUGCUUACAUUUACAUACUUCAAUAUACUGGUAAUAACAAGCUGUGCUGGAUACGCUGAGUUUGAACAGUUUCCCGGUUUCGAUGAGACGAAACCCGAUACUUUAACCACUAUAAUUACGACCCAUACCCCACUUUUAAGAAAUAUGACAUUACCACUAGUCAAGAGUUCAACAAAGAAGUAUUAUCACAGAAAUAUAACAUCAUUGACUUCAACAACGGAACGUACAAUAAAUAUGAGUAACACAACAACCAAAAGGUCUAAAUUCAAGUGUCCAGAGGAGGAACCUAUGAACUUUGGAGUCUACGAGGUACCAACCCAGAGAGACUUAGCAUUGAUGGCAAAAAAUAUUUUGAUAAACUCAUACGAUAGUUUUAAUCAACAAUCAAUGCAAUUAUUAAAGGAUAUCAAAGAGGCAACAAAAGCUGCUCUAGCCAUGGAGUCUCAAUGUGUUUAUAACAAGCAAAUGUAUGCAAAAUGUGUUAAAAUUGUUGGCAAACAAUGUGAACGGUACACUAAAGAUUCUCUAGCGAAUUUAGAGGCACAAAGAUUGGACGUCUUGGCACUUACAGAGGAUAAGAUCUGCGCUUUAUCAGAUAUGAAAACCGACCCAUUGCACCUAAUUAAACUGAUAGCUCAAGAAAGAGCCACUUUGGACUUUGCACUACCAGGCUUCUUAAUCUUACUCAAUAACUGUAGUGCUCAUUGUAUGAGAUCAAACGUCGCAUCUAAAAGAAAGCCUUUGAGGCAUUUGACAGAUCAAGAUCUUGUUAUAAGACAUAUUCUCACCAAAAAGAAUUACAUUCAACUCAUAAACGAUUCAAAGCACAAACCCUAGCAAGAAUUCAAAUUGUUAAUCUCACUGCGUUCAUUGAAUUGUGACAACAUUUAAAC